AUGGCUUCAGGGUUCUUCAGAUCGGUGGUUUCCACACACCAGCCAAAACAGCCCCUCCGUUUCUCUGGAUCCGGUGGUCCGAAAACCAUCGCCGAGAUCGUCAACGACGUUGCUCCAGAAUUCAAAAACGGCGCCUCGUUUUACGUCAACCCACUUCUUUCCAGUGGCCAUUCCCAGACCGCCUACACAGCCUUGAACAAGUUUGAAAAGGUCGAUUUGGUGCACUACAAAAGAAGAGUGCUCACGGUGGACUCGGUCAACAAGCACUACUACGUCAAUGGCGACAAGAUGCCUUAUGACCGCUGGGAGGGUAAGAGCACCUUUGCUGUGGACUACGUGGUUCCAGAAGGCACGGACCCAGAACAUCUCAAUUACAAGCCCGAGUCCCAGGUGAGGGACCUCCCGCCAAGAACGGAGUACUUGAAUCCGGAAAAAGAACAGGCCUUGUUGGAUAACGAAAAGCCGUUGGUUGUGGCGCUUCACGGCCUCAGUGGCGGCUCCUACGAGUCCUACAUCCGUGCAUUCCUAGACAAGAUCACCAAGGAGUACGAUUUCGACGGUUUGGUGCUCAAUGCAAGAGGCUGUGCUAACCAUACCAUCACCUCACCCCAGCUUUUCUGCGGUUUGUGGACCAACGACUUGCGGUAUUUGACCAACGAGCACAUCAGCAAGCUCUGGCCUAACAAAAAGAUCUUUCUUAUUGGCUUUUCGCUCGGUGGAGCCAUCACCGCCAACUACCUAGGUCAAGAAGGCAAGGAUGUGUACAAGAACAUCAAGGGAGCCGCUGUGGUGGGCGCUCCAUGGGACUUCCAGGUCGCCUCGCAUGCGCUUGUGGAGUCGUAUGUCGGCGCUAAGGUCUACUCGCCCACCAUGUGUCGUAAUUUGACCAAGUUGCUCAAAAUGCACCUGGACACCGAGAAUCUCGAGUUUGACCAGAUCGUGGAGGACUACAAGAAGCACCCUGAGUCGUUCGAGCUCAAGUUGCUCAAGGACUUUGACGAUAACUUCACGUCCAAGUUGUUUGGCUUCAACUGUGCUUCAGAGUACUACAGACACGCAUCUCCAGACCAGCGUCUUUUGAACGUCAGAGUACCUACUUUGAUUGUGAGCUCUGAGGACGAUCCUGUGGUGGGAAGCAGCUCCUUGCCUCACUCCGAGGUCAAACUCAACCCCUACACGUUCAUGGUGACGACGUCCAUUGGCGGUCAUUUGGGUUGGUUCAACCUUCAGCACAGAAGAUGGUACCCCGAUCCGAUUUCGCAGGUUUUCGCCGAGUUGGCUAAGCGGGAGGUCACCGAGGACGGCAUCAGGCUUCCUAAGGCCACCGAUGGCAUCUGGAAGCACGACCGGAUCAUCCUGUAA